GUUGUGUCCGGGGGAAGCAUUUGACUGCGGCACAUCACAACUCUGCUGUUUGAAACAUGAACGAGUCUAAUUUCAGCUUUUAAAGACGAUUUUUAAAAAGGUGUUUAAAAUGGAGGGCCCAUCCAACAGCGUUGCUUCCUCUUCCUCUUCGGCCCAGCCCUCUGUGGCUGCUCAGGUCCCGUUUCUUCACCUCUGCAACACUUUAGAGAGGAUCCAAAAAGCAAAAACACGCUUGGAAAAGUCUAAAAUCCUGGGAGACUUCAUCAAAACAUGGCGAACGUUUCAUGCGGUUUUACACAAAGAUAAUCCCAAAACCACAGACUCUUUUUACCCAGCGAUGCGUUUGAUUGUUCCCACAUUCGAAAGGGAGCGGAUGGCAUACGGGAUCAAAGAAAACAUGCUUGCUAAGCUAUACAUUGACGUUUUGGGACUACCUAAAAACGGGCCUGAAGCAAAUAAACUUUUAAACUACCGUGCACCAACCACUACGCAAGGAGAGGCUGGAGAUUUUGCUGGAAUGGCCUUCUUUGUUUUGAAAAAGCGCUGCACCGCACAUGGCAAGCUUACCAUUAAAGAAGUCAAUGAUUUUCUAGAUUCGGUGGCAAUCAACAAUGCAAAUAAGAAGAAGGACUUGGUUAGGCAAAGUUUACUGCAUUUAAUUACACAAAGUUCUGCGCUCGAGCAAAAGUGGUUGAUUCGAAUGAUUUUGAAAGACAUGAAAAUUAGUAUUAGUAAAGAAACUGUGCUACAAGUGUUCCACCCAGAUGCAGCAGAGCUUUAUAACGUCAACACAGAUUUAAAUAAAGUUUGUCAACAGCUCCACAACCCUGUGGUGUCACUAAGUGAAGUUUCAAUCGGACUAUUUUCUGCAUUUAAGCCAAUGUUAGCCGCUGUUGCUAACCUUUGUAACAUAGAAAAGCAAAUGAGCAACAGUCCGUUUUACAUUGAGACUAAACUCGAUGGAGAGCGCAUCCAGCUGCACAAAGACGGCGACGUGUACAAGUAUUUCAGCCGCAAUGCUUUUGAAUACACACAGCAGUUUGGAGGUUCGCCACUAGAGGGCUCCCUCACUCCUUACAUUCACAACGUUUUCAAGAGCAACGUCGUGAACUGCAUUUUAGACGGCGAAAUGAUGGCUUACAACCCGACUACAGAAACAUUUAUGCAAAAAGGAAGCAAGUUUGAUAUCAAGAAGCUCAUGGGCGACUCCGAGCUGCAGACGUGUUUCUGUGUCUUUGAUGUUUUGUUGGUGAAUAAUCAGAAGCUCGGGAAGGAGCCAUUAAAAAAGCGAUAUGAGAUUUUGCAGACAGUUUUCACGCCGGUCAAAGGAUGGAUUCACAUUGUGCAUAAAGCAGAAGUGAAAAGCACCAAAGAGGUUAUAAAUGCUUUGAAUGAUGCAAUAGACGGGAGAGAAGAGGGAAUCAUGGUCAAAGAUCCAAUGUCCAUUUACAAACCGGACAAACGAGGAGAGGGCUGGCUUAAAAUUAAGCCCGAGUAUGUUGAUGGUUUGAUGGAUGAGCUGGACUUGCUCAUAGUCGGAGGUUAUUGGGGUAAAGGCAGACGAGCAGGUAUGAUGUCACACUUUUUGUGCGCUGUAGCAGAGGCCCCAAAACCAGGAGAAACCAAACCUUCUGUUUUCCAUACGCUUUGCCGAAUUGGAUCUGGCUACACCAUGCAAGAGCUGUAUGAUUUGGGUCUGAAAUUAGCCAAAUAUUGGAAAGUUUACCGGAAAAACGACCCACCGGCAUCCAUUCUAUGUGCAACCGAAAAGCCGGAAGUCUAUAUUGAACCGUGCAACUCCGUGAUCAUCCAAGUCAAAGCUGCAGAGAUUGUGAGCAGCGACAUGUAUAUGACAAAUUGUACUCUACGUUUUCCAAGAAUUGAGAAAAUUCGAGAUGACAAAGAGUGGCACCAGUGCACAACUUUGGCGGAGCUGGAUCAGUUCCGGACCAAAGCGUCCGGGAAGCUUGCAUCGCGACAUCUGAGCCUGGAAGACAGAGCACCACAGAAGAAGAAGAGGAAAGUCCCAGUGAAGCCCAAGAAAUUGGUGGGAGUCAUUGAUCAUUUCAAACCACAGGAUCUGAGCGGAAUCCAGAAGGAGACGGACAUGUUUGAAGAUGUGGAGUUCUGUGUCAUAAAUGGGAUUGAGGAGCACUCCAAAGCUGAGCUGGAGAGGGGAGUGGCGAGUUGUGGCGCUAUCGUGGUGCAAAACCCGGGGCCAGACACAUACUGUGUCGUGGUGGGCUCUGAGAACACGCGCGUGAAAAACCUCAUUGCAUCCAACAAACAUGACAUUGUCCGGGCAACCUGGCUGCUCGAGUGUCUGCACAGGAAGGAGGUGGUGCCAUGGCAACCGCGUCACAUGGUCAGCAUGACCCCAUCCACCCGGGAGUACUUCGCCAAACAAUAUGACCAAUAUGGUGACAGCUACAGCAUGGAUACCGAUGUGGAGCAACUGAAGGAAGUGUUUGGCAGAAUUACGUCCACUGCUUUUGAUUUGGACGUAGCUCAGGUGGAGGAGAGAUAUGGCUGGGAGGACUUGGUGACCAGUAUGUUUCGACCUUUCACAGUUUACAUGGACUGUUUUAAAGACAUCAGUGAGUCGCUUGAGCCGAAAGCAGGGACGUGUUUGGACAUUCGCAGGCUGGAAUUUGAGUAUCACGGGGGGAGAGUGGAGCCGAGGUUAGCAGAGGGAGUGACACAUGUGGUCGUAGAGUCUGAGGAUUUGAUUCUAGAGCUGAGAAUGCUGCGGAGAACAUUUAGGAAGAAGUUUAAAAUCGUGAGAGAAUCCUGGAUCACAGACUCUAUCAGUGCAGGGUUUGUGUUGGACGACCAUGACUACCUGAUUUAAAUAUGUGUUUGCUGAUAUAAUAUAAGCAACUAGUGUAAUUACAAUAGUAACAUUUCAAACUUGAUUUUAAUACUAAAGAACAGACUUGAUUUUCAAGUCAGUAAACAUCAGGUACAGUGCCUUUAAAUAUUUAUCAUGUUUUCCAAAACAAAUCACAAAACUAAAGUAUGUUAAAUAUCUCCUGAAUUUCUUUUUCUGAAUCUGAAUUCUAAAAUCAAAAUCUGAAUAAAUGAUGCUGCAAAUUCUCAAUAUUAAUAGUAAAGACUAUUUUUAACAUUGUAUUUUUGUCAAUGUUAGUUUAAGCAACAUAUUAUUAAAACACACUUAAAGGUUCAGUUUCUGGAGGGGGCAUGUCACCUGCAUGAUUUCAUGAAACUAGAAAAGUUAAAACCAUACUUUGGAACAUUCUCUGUGGAGAUAGACACAUUUUAUGCCAUACUGUGGAAUAUUAUAGUCUAAGGAACAACAUUUUCAUGCAAACAAGCAGGAGGAGAUGCAGGUUUUUCUAUGUUUUUCAGUGCAAAACUUUUAUUUUGGUCUAUUCUUUGGUAAAAAGGUUACUUGUGACUUUAAAUGUUCAUAUCAAUAAAACAAAUCACAAUUUCAAAAUCUGAAUAAUUAUUGCUACAGAUUCUCAAACAGGGACAUUUUUGUGUUUGCCACUGUACUGUUUAAAUAUAUGCAAAAUUAUUCCUAUAAAUGUAUUAAUUUUCAACAAAAGUAUGCAUUCUAAUGUAAAUGUAAUAUUUAAUAAAGAAAUAAUCAUAAAUCUGUUAUACUUGUGUAGGCUCCUAGCCAAUUGUUAUGACCAUUUUGUCUGUUAAAGCUCCUCUGUUGUGCAAAAAUGACUCUUGUAGCUUUAAGUAAUGUUAUAAUGCUGUUCCCUCCUCAAAAAGACACCGGGAGUUGUUUUGUUUCAUUCACACAUAUUUGAGUAACACUUUAGUUAGUCUGUCUAGAUCUCCAAAGCUCAAAAUGCUCCACCUUCUGAUGUCAUUAAGUGGUUGUUUUUAAGGCAGUUCCAGAGCUGAAAUGAUCCAAAUGAUUCUACUGAAGGUAUAUGGAGUUUAAAAACACAGUUUAGCACUUCCUGUAUUACCACAAGAUGGAACAGAGUGUUUUCUGUUUAAGAAAAUAACUAAAUCUGUAGGGUUUGUGUGUUAAACAUGUGAAUGAAACUAAACUUCAGACAACAUUAUAACAUAGAUCAGAAAACUGCAUAAUAUGGGACCUCAAAGAGGUUUUAAUACAUUUUAAAAAGUCUGUAUGUUUUGCUAAUCUUAGACAUAUUUAAAGGGUUGUUGCUUUAAAAUAGUUGAUGUUUUUAUAAUUAAUCAUAUAUUUUAAGAGUUAUUAAGAAUUUCUGGAUUUCAUAUGACUAAUGUUUUUUGUGGUUACCGUUUGAGAUGGCUGUUUUUGUUUCUCCUGUAUUCAAUUAAUACUAUACUGUGUAAAUGUGUUUAUGGGUACUUUUGUGGUACUUUUGGGGGUGUAACGCCUUUUUCUGUCCUGUGGUUUGACAUGCCUUUGUAGCAAAAUACAAAAAAUAUUUUCAAAAAGAAAUCAGUUCUACAACAAUCGUAAGGAAGCAUUUCACAAGCAUUAUGUUGUUUUUUGUGUAACCCCGCUGGACACUCACACAAAUGUGCCAUGUUAAAAAAUAAAUAAAUAAAAUUCUAAUAAACAAGCUC